CUUUUUUGAUUCAAACUCAACUUUUGGCCUUUCUUUUCUGACUCGCUGCUUUCUCUCUCUCUUCUGAAUUUGCUUGCUUAGAUUCUCUAUUUUACCUCUUUACUACGCCUCCCUUCCUACUUUGAGUUCCCAACCUCUCGAAGAGUCGCGUCCUGGGCGACGCUUCUUUUACACCCUCCGCUCCGCUACAACAGACAACGCCGUCGAACCAGAACCUCAACACCACAAUUGCCUAGUGAUCUGCUCUUUUCGCGGGCAUUCGUGCCCGUGCGCCCUUGUCUCUCAUUUCCGACAUCCCUGUGAACCCAAAUUCCCCGCCCAUGUCCCUUUCACGAUCGCCAUCACCCCACCCUGCGGGAGGGUGGUCCAGUCCCGGCCUCACUCCAGGCAGUGGCAGCUCAACACCACAUAGUGGCUUUUUGUCCCCGAACCCAUUAGCUCCUAGUGGGAUCUCGUGGGCGGCGGCCAAAGCGAAGAGUGACGAGGUCCGAGGGUAUCCGUCUUUUUCAACAAGAAACAAUGGUUUCUUCUCUCGAUCGAAACGACAGAUCUCCGCCACUCUACCAAGCUUCCGUGUCAGCUCCAGGUCGCCGAAUGGUUAUAUUGAUAAAGACGAGUUUGGGCGUGGCCAACCAUUCUCAUCGGGUGGAGGUUGGCGCUCCUCUGGGUUUGGCAGAACAAUGUUGCGCCGCAGAAGAUUACGGCUUUUGCUUGUUCUGAUCCUUGCCCUAGUUGGGUAUAUGUUUUGGACUUCUUUCAUUGAGCACUAUCGCCGAUCAUCGUUUGGCGGUGGACGCAAGUUCGUGAUUAUACUCGAAUCCAAUGUUGAGGGUGGAGUGAUGGAACUGAAAGGGGCACGCGAGUGGGCGGUUGAGCGCAACAGCAUCAUGAACAAGGAAAGAUACGCGAAACAAUGGGGGUACGAGCUAGAAGUGGUGAAUCUACUAGCUAAGAAACGGUAUUCGCACGAAUGGCGGGAAAGUUGGGAGAAAGUCGACAUUAUCCGGGAGACUAUGCGCAAGUAUCCUAAUGCGGAAUGGUUUUGGUGGGUGGACCUCAAUACUUGGAUUAUGGAGUACUCAUACUCGCUGCAAGACCACAUUUUCAACCGGUUGGGCAAAAUCGCAUAUCGGGACAUCAACGUCUACAAUCCUUUGAAUAUCACCCACCCGCCGACGGGGGCACACCUCGAUGAAGUGUCACGCUCACCGGUGGGAGACGGAGAUCCUUCUUCGAUUCAGUUGGUGCUGUCGCAAGACUGUUCGGGCUUCAGCCUGGGCUCCUUCUUCAUGCGACGAUCGGUAUGGUCAGAGCGUCUCCUUGAUAUCUGGUGGGACCCCGCCAUGUAUGAACAGAAGCACAUGGAGUGGGAACAUAAAGAACAGGAUGCUCUGGAGUACCUAUAUACCAAUGAGCCGUGGAUCCGCAGCCAUGUUGGCUUUCUACCUCAGCGGUACAUGAAUUCGUAUCCGCCUGGGGCGUGCGGUGACGGGGGUAACCCAGAUAUUCACUUCGUCGAAGGUGGAGGUGACUUCAUGGUGAACAUGGCUGGCUGUAACUAUGGCCGUGACUGUUGGGCCGAGUUGUACGGGUAUCGCAAGUACAGCAACUGGAUCAAUCGGACCUGGCGAGAGCGCAUGCAAGAUAAGAGCAAAGAAUUAUAUGACAAGUUCUUUGGGAAGAAGGAAGAGACACCAGAGGGAUAAUGUGGCUUGCUAUGGAAUCCCUUUGUUUAGCUUUUACUUGUCGCCGCAUGGGUGAUUUAGGGAUUUAGGGACCAUAUUGAUGGGCGAUCGGCGUAUUGGACGAUUAGCUGCUGAACAGGUCUUUGCAUUUGCUGCCCUAUGGAGGCUUUAUCAUUUUUAUUAACUGGCGAGCGUUUAUAUUCUUAUGAGACAAUAAUGGCUAUAGAUACAUGAAUCUUAAUUCACUUUGAUCA